AUGCAGCGAACAACACACCGACUGGCGACGACGCCAAGCUUUAGGCUUCGCGAUUGGCCGCUGGCCACAAAAUGGGCGGAGCGAUGUGCGAGAGGCGACGAGACGGGACCCCAAUGCGCGUCACUCGGUUGUUGCUCACCCCAAAAAGUGCCGGCAUUCACCGCGGAGCAAGAAAGAAUGCUCAAAUCGAAUCAGUCGAAUGAGCCGCAGAGUUUCAUCACAGCAAAAAAUAAGGAUGCCAAAUCAGACAUGAUCGAUCUUGAGGAGGUCGUGACGAACUGGGCGAAACUCAUCUUCGAUACCACCAAAUCGAAAUCGGAAGCGAAAAUCAAGAAGAAGUAUCUGUCGCAUUGUUUUCAGUAUAACAUCAACUGGACGAAGCUGUUCCAGGAAUGCUCCGAGCCAAUCUACACAGUCCUUGGAGCAAAACCACCAGCGAUUAGUAGUUCCAAGGACGAAAAAGUGCUGUUCAAAACGACAUUCACGAACACAACCCAACGCGAGCAGGAAUACUCGUUUAAGACGGAGAGAGCAACUCGAAGCUCAUCGACGGUCAUCAUCGAAAAAGGCGUUUGUCGCGGAGCCGAGGUCUCGCUGAAAUUGAAGACGCCGUGCGAGGUUGUUGAGGCGAAUGCCGGAUUCACUCAAGAAGUCAUGCUCAACCAUAUUGGAGAAAACACGAAUGAGGAGGAGCUCUCGUGGGGAGUCGACAGCACUGUGCGGGUUCCGCCGAACACCGAAGCCGUUGCCGAAUUGGUGAUCAUCGAGGACGUGGUGACACGCGACUUCCGAAUCGAAAAUCGCCUCAGUGGCAAAGUGGUGGUGACAAUCACCAACAUGAAAGAGAACAAUUGUCUUGUGACGGUCAUCGAAGGCAACAUCGCCGACAUCAUUCGCGGAAUGCCAGACUUCACUGCCAAGGGAUUCCGUUUCGACGGCCCGGCAGUGAUCUACGAAACUCGCGGACAAUGCAUUUUCCGUUUCGGAGUUGAGCAGAAAGUGCACAUCAAUGAAUUCCCAUUGAACAAUUCGCGUCGCUAUUAA